GCAAUCAGCAAUGCAGCCAGAGCUCAUGCCGCGAAUCUACGGUCCUACGAAGCUCCAUAUGAUGGGCUCUGAUCCCGUCGCCGAUAAAGAUACGACCAGAGGUUGCGUCGAUCCAGAGUCUCAACAAGCUUGUGUGUGUGCAGACGAGGAUCGAAGAUUGGUCUGUGUGAUCAUGUGCCCGAGCAGAGCAAAGCAAUGGCAGCGCUCGCAGCCAAGCCGGCCAGAGCCAGACUCAAUCCUAAGUUCAGCGCGCCGCCGACGAGAAUUGCAGAUGUGCACCGUUGAGCCCCGUCACUCCUNNCGAGCUACUUGNUGAGCUGUAAUGCAAUGCUCGGCACCUUAAUGAGUCGCUAAGCGAAAUGAGCCGUCCGCUUUUCGACUGCUNUGCUGCGAAACAACAAUGGCGCUCUUGCUCGCGGCAUCUCUCGCAAGCGUUGCAGCAUGUGAAAUACUGCCAUGCAGGACGACUGACGAGACGGUGUUAUGUGAAAUGUAUUCCAGGCCUGUGGAGGUCUGCGAGCAAGCGGAGGGAAUUUUCGACGCCUCAUCUUGGCUCCUCUGGUCUGUGCACAGGCACCCUCGCUAAGGAUCGUCUUUGAGUGCCAUGAUGCCCAAGUCACUCGGCAAGCGCUGUCGACUCGAAGCUUCAAGGUCAACGGAUCGAUUGAGAUCCGCAAUGCAUGCGACUUGCCUCGUUUUACGAGCUGAAAGAGGCCCUGUGAUCCGACUCGAGCGUUCCNUGACGCCNCUAGCUNUGAAAAUCUUGUUGCGUCCCGCAAAGAUGACUCUCGCUCGGUUCAGGAUUCCCUUCGUCGUAGAUGUGAUAUGUGAAGAAG